AUGUCCAAGAAUCAAGAUUACAUUGCUAGAAUAAGGUAUCAAAAUGAUUUACCUGCACCUCCAUUACCACCAAAUUUAUUGAACUAUAAAAUUUCAAAAGAAGAAGACAUAGGAUCUUCAAGUUUAUUAUCAUCACUUUAUCGUAAACAAAAUGUCAAUGCUCUUAUAAAAGUCAAUGAAGACUUGGGUCUACCAAUGGAUAUUAUUCAAGUGCCCGAAGUUUUUGAUCCAUCAAAAGAAGACCAAAAAUUACAUGCAUUAUCUGAUAAUAUAAGAUUACAUCCAAAUGAUCGUGUUUUAUUAAGAGAUCCAGGUGUUGAUAAAGUUAUUGCAUCACAACCAAAUGUUGCAUUUUUAAGAAGAACCGAAUAUAUCAGUUCCACAAGACAACAAGGUCUUUCUACUGCAGCAUCGAGAUCUGCAACUCCACAAACUCAAGAUGAUGACAACAGUCCUGCUUCACAAUUACGUUCAAUUGAAUCAACAUUCACAAAUGCGUCUAAGACUUUGAAAGAUAUCACCCUAUUAAAACAUCCAUUGAAUAAAAAAUUAAAAGCUAAAAAAGUCUGGUCAUUAAAACCUGAUAUUUCAAGAUUAGAUCAAAGUUUCAAUUCAGUUAGAUUUUUAGGAUCUGCUGCUACAAGUAAUCGUGAUGCUACAAAUAUACAACUACGCACAUCUCUUUUAAGACCAGUGGAGCUUGAACAAGCUGAUUGGAUGUCACUUUAUACUGCUGAUGAUGAAGUAUCCAAAGGUAUCAAGAGAAAAUUUGAUGAUCUUAAAGAAAAUGUUCCAAUUGAAAGAGUUGAUGAAGAAGCAGAAAGAUUCAAGUACACUAAAAAGAAUGAUUAUGCUAUGAAAGCCAUUGCAAUGGAUGGUGAGAUAAGAGACUUGGCAAUGAGAUUCGAUCACGAAAAGAAUGUUGUUUAUUUCAAUCCAAUUCAAUCUAAAGCGGAAUUGAAGAGACAUAGAGUUCAUGAAGCCUUGAAAGCUUUGAUGGAUACACAAGAUUUCGAUGAAAUUCAUUUGAACAUCAGAGAGCCAACUAUUAAAGAAUUAAACAUUAGAAAUAAUACAAGACAUGCGCAUGAUCCAGUCAACUAUGAAUUUGUUCAAAUCGCUGAUGAUGAACAAGAUGCAGAAGCUCAAGAACAAUCACAAGAGCCUUCUGAAUAG